AUGGCCAAUCCCAGGAGAAGCACGCGUCUCUGGCUCACCAGCAUUCUGCUCUUCGUGCUCACAACCACGGCGUCGGCCAAGGGGUGCACUGAGGUGGAGAGGGACGCCCUCCUCACCUUCAGAGCCCGCAUCGUAGAUCCGUCCCACCGCAUGUCCUCGUGGCGUCGCCUAGUAGACUGCUGCAGAUGGAACGGCGUGGUGUGCGACGACACCACAGGCCGCGUCGUGGAGCUCAACCUCCAGAAUUCGGAGGACAUGACUGUCGAGGCGAAUCAGGCGGCUCUGCGGGGUGAGAUCAGUCCGUCCUUGCUCUCUUUAACGCAUUUGGAUCGCUUGGAUCUCAAUCACAAUGACUUCGGGGGGUCACCGAUCCCCACCUUCCUGGGCUCUUUCCCCAAGCUCACGUAUCUCAACCUCUCCUGGUCCAACUUCAGCGGAGCCAUUCCGCCCCAGCUGGGCAACCUGUCCAGCCUCCGCUCGCUCGAUCUCCAUUCGUAUGGCUUAUCGAGCGAUCGCCUGCACUGGCUCUCGCGUCUCUCUUCCUUGAGAUACCUCGACAUGAGCGGUGUGAACCUUUCCAUGGCCUCCCACGAUUGGCUUCACUCAGUGAACAUGUUGUCCUCACUGGUGGAGCUACAUUUACCAUACUGUGGCCUCACCGACCUCCCCUCUUCUCUUUCCCAUGUCAACCUCACGACGUUGACCAUUCUCGAUCUCUGUGGCAACCUCUUCAACUCUACCUUCCCCAACUGGCUUCUAGAACUCCGCAACCUGUCCUAUCUUGUUCUUGGCGAUUCAAAGUUGCAUGGCGAGCUACCUGCUGGGAUCGGGAGAUUGACUCGUCUGACGCAGCUUGACCUCAGCGCUAAUUCACUCUCUGGUCCUCUCCCCGCGGAGAUUUGGAGUUCGAGGAGUCUAACAAGCAUCGACCUCAGCUUUAAUUCCUUCAGAGGUCCCAUGCAAGUGGAAGCAGGGAAUCGGACUAGUCUCUCACAGGUAUAUCUGAUCAACUGCUCACUCACUGGCCGCAUCCCUGCUGCGAUUGGGAGUUUGACUCGUCUCAAGGAGCUGCACCUCAGUGGCAAUCGACUCACUGGUCCCAUACCUGCCGAGAUUGGUAAUUUGACUGCUCUAACAACGCUCGACUUGGGUCAGAAUUCUCUCUAUGGAUCCGUACCACCUGAGAUCGGCAAGCUUUCCAACCUAACCUCUCUUGAUCUCUCCCUCAAUUCCCUGAAAGGUACCAUGUCCGAACUCCAUCUCGCCAACCUUGCCAAGCUAGAUGUCUUAUACUUGUACAGGAACUCCUUGGACAUCGCAAUAGGCCAUGACUGGAUUCCACCUUUCCAACUCGAGACAAUCGGUCUGGAUUCCUGUCUCAUCCCUGUUUCGCCACCACUCCUACAAGCACUGGAUCUAUCAAGCAACGCUCUCUCAGGACCGCUACCAUCGACCUUUGCACCGGUGUCGGAAUACUUGUUCUUCUCAAACAACCAUAUUAACGGGAGUAUACCAUCCUACGUCUGCACUUUGCAGCUGCUCUCUGCCCUCGAUCUGUCGAACAAUCAAAUCUCAGGAGAAAUACCUCGGUGUUGGCAAGAGGCAAAUGAACUUUGGUUUAUCAAUCUGGCGAAUAAUAAGCUCGGUGGAAAGAUUCCUAACUCCAUCGGAAACUUGACCAAGCUCAGGUCCUUGCACCUGAAUAACAACCGCCUCCAUGGAUAUCUUCCACCAUCGUUGCAAAGUUGUAGCCAGUUAGCUGUCAUCGACCUCGGUCGCAACCAUUUUUGGGGCAACAUACCGGCAUGGAUCGGACAAAGCUUUCGAUAUCUGGAGGUACUGUCGCUACGCUCGAAUAUGUUGUCAGGCAACAUUCCGCCACAGCUUGGUCAACUAAGUAAUCUUCAGAUCAUUGACUUUGCCGAUAACAAGCUAUCAGGGAUCAUACCACGCUCAUUUGGUAAUUUCAGCGCCAUAAUUUCCAUGUCAAAGUCGAUGUCUUCCACUUUUACGACCGACAUGGAGUUGUCUCCGUUCCGCGAAAGCAUAACUCUAUCUAUAAAGUCUCCGUUCCGAGACAACAUAACUCUAUCUACAAAGGGACGAGAAGUAACCUUUUCGUCUAUUCUAUAUCUUGUGAAGAGCAUCGACCUUUCAAAUAAUUCUCUGACCGGAGCAAUCCCCACGGAGAUCGGGUACCUUUACGCACUUCAAACUUUAAAUCUAUCAAGAAAUAGCAUUGGAGGAGCCAUUCCAUCGGGUUAUCAACUUCAAACACUUGCAGCAUCCAGUUACAUCGGUAAUGCGAAUCUUUGUGGCCCUCCG